AUGCAGCUUACCUGGCUGUCCUCGAUCAUCUUUGCGAGCGUUGUCUUGCUUUCCGCCGUCGGUACCGUUGAAUGCGCUAACGUCGCCACCGGACAGCCGCUUUGGGACCAGUGCCUCACGCUGACGGAUUCACUGGAAGAUCUAUAUGACGAAUACUUCCUUGCAGCUGCACAGAGCUUAACGACUAUCACUAUUGGCGGCGUUUGCGAGUAUGCAUAUGCCAACCUCGAUACUAUCGAGUAUGAAGUUUGCGUCUUCGACGUUGGAGCUAAUGGAUUCCUAGUGGCAGACGAAUGCUUCAGUGACUAUCCAGAUUCGUACACAGCUGGCGGCUACUGUGUCUCUCCCGAAGUUUAUGAGAAUGACUGGAUCGUAGAGGUGUUCUACGACUGA